AUGAAAGCUGAUUAUAAAGAGCACGACGCUAUUCUGAUCGCUCGUUGCAUGCUGCAGAUCAAGGCCAAGUUCGAUACUGACAAAGGUCUGAACUUCAUCCAACAGUAUUACAUCAAACAAGGACUUAAGAAGUUUGGUGAUGAUGGAAAGGAUGCUGUGGAUAAGGAAUUGAAACAAAUGCUCCUGAGAGAUUGUUUCACUCCCAAAUUUGUUAAAGACAUGACCGCGUCUGAGCGAAAGAAGGCCCAAUCAGCAAUGAUGUUACUCGUGGAAAAGCAAUUUGAAAAGACAAUUAAAGGUCGCCUAGUAUUCGGAGGUGAUGGAACUUGUGAAUGGUUAUCGCGAGAGGACACUGCAAGUCCAACUGCUUUGCAGGAAGCAACAACCACUACUUGUGUUAUUGAUGCACACAAAGGUAGAGAUGUAAUGAUGCUGGACAUGCCUAACGCUUUCAUUCAAACUUACACGCCUGAUGCUAAGGAAGGAGAAGAUCAAAUCUACAUGAAAAUCACUGUCAUGAUGGUCCAGAUAUUGAUUGACAUGGCCCCAGAGUAUUGUGAAUAUGUUGUAUUAGAGAACGGAAAGCGAGAAAUCUAUGUGCGGGUACUACGCGCUGUAUAUGGGAUGUUGCAAUUGAGCCUCCUAUUUUAUAAUCAAUUUCAAAGUGAUUUGGAGGCAAAGGGAUUUGUUUUCAAUCUGUAUGACCCGUGUGUUGCUAACAAAGUUGUUAAUGAAAACAGAAAACUAUCAGAUUUCAUGUUGAAGAUCAUAUGUCAAGUCACAUGGAUUCGAAAGUAA